UGGUAAGUAAGUGUACUGUCUUUGAAAUUAUAGAUUCUGUUUGCUACAGGUUUGAACAAAAAGUUCCAACAGGAAUAGGAUCUUCUGGAGCUAAAUAUCCAUGCAAGAGAGAGAGAAUCCUGAUCUUGAGUAGAGAAAAAACCUUCGAAGAAAGAACAGAGCAGAAGAGGAGAUCCAAAAAUCCAUGCUCUUUCACUCACACCAAACUCAAGAUACAGCAAAAUAACAACUAUCAUGCCAUAGCCAUGUUACAACUGAUAUGUUGCUGUGUUUCCUCCUUCCUUGAUUUUCUCCAUGUCUCAAAAUAACUCUCAUUAUCCCACACCAUAGCCAAUACCAGAACAACCAUGCUUCACCAUAGCCACCAACUAAUUUUGUUUCUGCUUCUCUUUCUCUCUCUAAACCCUACUCUCUCCCUAAACCAAGACGGUCUCUUCCUGCUUCAGGCCAAGCUACAACUCUCCGACCCCACAAACGCCCUCUCCCAUUGGAACCACCGUGACGCCACCCCAUGCAACUGGACCUUCGUCACAUGCGACGCCGCCACCGGCGCCGUCGCCUCCCUUGAUUUCAACAACCUCCAGCUCUCCGGCCCCGUCCCCGAAGCCGCACUCUGCCGCCUUCCCUCCCUCGCUAGCCUCUCUAUGGCCAACAACAACCUUACCGGCAUCCUUCCCGACGCCGCGUUCUCCUCCUGCGCCGCCCUCCGUCAGCUCGACCUCUCCCAGAAUGGCAUCACCGGCCCCAUCCCCUCCGCCCUCGCUCUCCUACCGGCCCUCGAAACCCUCGACCUCUCCUCCAACAACUUCUCCGGCGAGAUUCCAGCGAGCUUCGGCCAGUUCCGUCAGCUCCGAAGCCUCUCCCUCGUCAGCAACCUCCUGAACGGAACCAUUCCCUCUUUCCUGGGCAACGUUUCCACGCUCGAAACGCUUCAUCUCGCUUACAACGUUUACUUCAACGCAGGUCACAUUCCUCCUUCUUUGGGGAACCUCACGAAUCUAGAGGAGCUCUGGCUAGCGGGGUGCAACCUUGUAGGCCCCAUUCCUCCUUCUCUAGGAAACUUGACGAAGCUCACAAACCUCGACUUGUCCAUGAACAACCUCGUUGGAAACAUACCUGAACAACUCGUGUCGGGUUUGCGCAGCAUUGUGCAAAUCGAACUCUACCAGAACGCACUCUCCGGCGCGUUGCCACGCGCCGCGUUCGCAAACCUUGCUAACUUGGAACGGUUCGAUGCCUCCACGAACGAGUUGACUGGGACGAUUCCGGACGAGUUGUGUGGGUUGAAGAAACUCGGGUCGCUGAACCUGUUCGCUAAUAAACUCGAGGGAACUUUGCCUGAGAGUAUAGUUAAUUCGGAGAACUUGUACGAGUUGAAGUUGUUCAACAACUCACUCUCUGGGUCGUUGCCCAGUGGGUUGGGUGGAAACUCAAAGUUGCAGAGUUUGGACGUUUCGUUUAAUCGAUUCUCCGGCGAGGUUCCGGCAACGUUGUGCGGCGGAGGAGUGUUGAAGGAGCUGAUUUUGAUUUACAAUUCGUUUUCCGGGAGGAUCCCAGACAGUCUCGGGGAAUGCAAGAGUUUGAAAAGGGUUCGGCUUAGGAACAAUAACCUUUCUGGGGUUGUGCCAGGGGGGUUAUGGGGUUUACCCCAUUUGUAUUUGUUGGAGCUUGUUGAGAACUCUCUUUCUGGGUCGAUUUCUAAUCGGAUUUCCGGGGCACGGAACCUGUCAAUUUUGUUAAUGUCAGGAAAUCAUUUUUCUGGGUCGAUUCCUGAGGAGAUUGGUGAAUUGGUUAAUCUUGGAGAGUUUGUUGCUAAUAAUAAUAAUCUUACUGGCCGGAUUCCGACAAGUGUGGUUGGGUUGAGUCAGUUGGAUAGGCUGGUCCUCAGAGACAAUCAGCUUUUUGGAGAGAUUCCUUCUAGUGUUGGUGGUUGGAAGGCGCUCAAUGAACUUGAUUUGGCGAAUAAUAGAUUGGAUGGGAGUAUUCCUAAGGAGUUAUUGGACUUGCCUGCGCUUAAGUAUCUAGAUCUUUCUAAUAAUCGGUUAUCUGGAGUAAUUCCAAUUGAGCUGCAGAAUAUGAAGCUGAACUUGUUGAAUUUGUCGAACAAUCAGUUUUCUGGGGAGAUUCCUCCUCUUUAUGCCAAUGAGUAUUAUAGGAAUAGUUUUCUCGGAAAUCCGGGGCUGUGUAGUUCUCUCUCUGGUCUGUGUCCAAGCUUGGAUGAGAAUGAGGGUAAGGGCAGGAAAUAUGUGUGGAUUUUCCGGUUCAUAUUUGUGCUUGCUGGGAUUGUGUUAAUUGUUGGGGUGUCUUGGUUCUACUUCAAAUUCCGGAAUUUCAAGAAGAUGAAAAAGGGGUUUCAAAUAUCAAAGUGGAGGUCGUUUCAUAAGCUGGGGUUUAGUGAGUUUGAAGUUGUUAAAUCGCUAACCGAGGACAAUGUUAUAGGGAGUGGAGCAUCUGGGAAGGUUUACAAAGUUGCGCUGAGCAAUGGUGAGGUGGUGGCUGUGAAGAAAUUGUUCGGAGCACCUAACAUGGGAAAUGGAUCCGUUGAUUCUGAGAAGGAUGGAUUUGAAGUUGAGGUUGAGACACUCGGCAAGAUUAGGCACAAGAAUAUUGUGAGAUUAUUGUGUUGCUGCAACAGUAAAGACAGCAAGCUCUUGGUUUACGAGUACAUGCCAAAUGGGAGCCUAGCCGAUUUGUUGCAUAGUAGCAAGAAAGGCUUGCUGGAUUGGCCCACGAGAUAUAAAAUAGCUAUCGAUGCUGCUGAGGGGCUCUCAUAUCUGCAUCAUGAUUGUGUCCCCCCUAUUGUUCAUAGGGAUGUCAAAUCUAGCAACAUCUUGCUAGAUGAUGAAUUUGGAGCAAAAGUAGCCGAUUUCGGAGUUGCCAAAAUUGUGAAGGGAGCCAACCAAGGUGCAGAAUCUAUGUCAGUGAUUGCAGGAUCUUAUGGUUACAUUGCACCAGAAUAUGGUUAUACACUUCGGGUGAACGAAAAGAGUGACAUAUAUAGUUUUGGUGUGGUGAUUUUGGAGUUGGUGACUGGGAAGCCCCCUCUUGAUCCAGAGUAUGGGGAAAAGGAUCUAGUGAAAUGGGUUUACUCCACAUUGGAUCAGAAAGGACAGGAUGAGGUGAUUGAUCCAAGUUUGGAUGCUGAAUAUAGGGAAGAAAUGAGGAAGGUUCUAAACGUGGGGCUUCUUUGCACUACCUCUCUUCCUAUAACUCGUCCUUCAAUGCGUAGAGUGGUCAAAAUGCUGAAGGAAGUAACUGCACCAGUUCUUCCCAAAUCCUUAAGUGGAAAACUUUCUCCUUAUUUUCAGGAACUACCCUCUGAUAAUGAUCAUCAGGAAAGCUUAGUUUGAGCAACAUUCUCAAAAUCAAAGUAAUCACCUAAUAUAUUCAUUUUCUCUUCAAACAGGCCAACAAUCGUAUUUAAUUCCAGCUAAAAAUCGUAUAAUGAAGUUCUCACUAGAUUAUAUUAUGUUCUACUUUGCAUUAAACUGUAAUAUAAUAUAUUUUCAGGAAAUUUCCUUGUGCCAA